AUGAUAAGAAGAUCCCGCUGUCUAGCUUUGUUAGCAAUACUUUUAGUAAUGAAUUUUGCCAUACUUUCGUUACUUAAUUAUGAUCCUGAAGCGUCAUUACAACAAAACAUUAGAGUAAAUCUUUUUGAUGUCCGCAGGAUUAUGUUCAAAGAUGAUAGUACCGAGAAUCCUGAAGUAUUUAACGAGUUGCUUGAUUCGAAAUUUAAUCAUAUAUAUCAUAAGGAGGGUAUGGAACAUGAGUUAUCGGAUGACCAGAAGAAGCAGUUGUGGCUAUUGGACGUAUCAAAGAAUGAAAAAGAUCACGAGUUAGUCUUACCGGAUUAUAUGGUGGAUCCGGAUGCUUUUGAAUCUCCAAAUUUGCAUGUAUUUGAUCCUAGGUUUACGUUGAACUUUGUGUUUAACAACUUGAGACGUCAAAUCAAGAAGUCUGGUUCAGUGGACAAAUUAGUAUUGCCGUAUUUCCAUUGGGCGGAUUGGGUUGAUUUAGCGACACUUAACGAACAUUUCUUGAGCGAUGACAAACAAAGUUGCAAGGAAUUCGAUCUCACCACUAAGAGUGAUCUUAGAAACAGAAAGAUGGAACUCCAGAAGGCGGAGGAGUUUUGUAUCGACGAUGAAAAGAUUGAAGAGGUCUUGAAUGAUAACGAUGCAGACCCUGUCUUCAAAGAGUUAUUAAAACUGAUACAAGGAAGUGAAUUGUCCACAGGGUUCCACGUUUUUCAAUAUGGUGGAAGAUCUCGUAAGAAGUUCAAGGUUUUGCAAGCUAAAUCAUAUUUGCAUGAUUUUAUGCCUCCGCCAAUGUCGCUUGUUUUUAUUUUACCAGGCUCUCGAGAUGAAAAUGGGAACAAAUUGAAGUCAGGAGGUACAGGAUUACAGGUAGAAGUAACCCAGGAUACAAAUAACCGUGUUAAGAUUGCGGAUACAUCAUUAGUUCCUGACUUUAUCAAAGAUUUCAGGAGAGAGUAUAGAGAAGUGUUACAUACCUCUAAAGAUAUAAUCAUCAACAUUGAUCAAGAAUUAGCGAGGUUGAAUGAUAUGGUCAAGGAAAAGAUUCCAGUUCCUGGGGAUUCUGUAGUUGAAUACGAAAGGGUUUUAGCACAUGAACAGUUCAAGGAUAAUUCGUCAGAUAUAUUGGCUGCUUUGGAAAAAGUUCCCGACGAUUCUUUAACUGAAAUCGAAAAACUUUACAGAUUGUCAUUGCGCGUAUCUCUCAAUGAAGGCUACCCCCCAAAAUACUUCAAUGAAGCGAAGAUUAUAAGAAAAGAAUCUAAUUUUGCUCUAGGAGGUCAUUACGAUUGGAGGUUUUUCAAUGGUAUUAUUAACUAUACCGAGAAACAAGCCCCUUCUUUACAUGGAUUAAUCAGGGCAUGGUUAACUUUUACAAAUACUUAUAAUUUAAAUACAUGGAUUGCUCACGGUUCUUUAUUAUCAUGGUAUUGGAAUGGAGUAGGGUUUCCCUGGGAUAAUGAUAUUGACGUCCAAAUGCCGAUAGCUGAUUUGCAUAUGUUAUCAAGAAAGUUUAACCAGUCUAUAAUUAUGGAUUUAGGUGAUGGAGAUAAUAAUGAAAUACGUUAUGGAAGGUACUUCUUAGAUUGUGGGACCUUCAUUUCUUCCAGAACAAAAGGAAAUGGAAAUAACAACAUAGAUGCAAGGUUUAUAGAUGUUGACACUGGAUUUUAUAUCGAUAUUACCGGAUUAGCUUUGUCAGACCUGAGGUUACCUCCGAGACUCAAUAAGUUAUUGCCGGACGAUAUCAGUAGUGGAUCUUCUGAUCAAACUAUCAGUAACAUUGAUAGAAAUGAGCAUAUAAAGGCAUAUAACUGUCGUAACAACCACUUUGCGAAAUUAGAGGAGUUAAGUCCGAUGAAACUAUCUAUAGUUGAAGGGGAACCCGCGUAUAUUCCAGUUGAUUAUGGCAAAUUAUUGAAUAAUGAAUACGGUUUCAAAGGAUUGAUGGCCAAGAAGUUCAAAGGCUAUACAUUUUUACCUAAGCUCAGAAUUUGGGUAUUAACCAGAAACUUGAAUCAAUUUAUCAGGAGUAAAUUAAGAAAUAGGAAGCGGGCCGACGAAUACGAAAUAUCUGAAGAUAAUGAUUCUGUCAUUAAGAACUUAUCUGACGAAGACUAUUUGAAGUUAUUAUUUGACCAAGACGAUUUGUUGGUCGAGUACUUGGUAACAAGGGACAUUACGAAGCUUCAUGACAGCGAAAUAAAGCGCAUGAUCCACGGAGACUCAACUGAAUCACUCCUCUUGAAUGAAGAGAAGCACCUAAAGGUUCGCUUCCCUGCGUUGAGGCACGAUUUCUUCAAUUUCAUGGCACACAAACAGAACUACAAAUAUGAAGAUGCUGUAUCCGUACUCGUUCGAGACACCGAGCAGGCCAAGAAGACCAAAGCUGGAGAGAAAAAUCAAAAAGAAGACAAGCAAGCAAAGGUUGACGUGCAAGCAAAGGCAGAAGACGAGGUGGCUCCUCCAGUUAAUGCUCACGACAAUAGCGGAAAUAAGGAUUCUAAACAUCCAGAAGUAGAACAACAAACCGACGAACACUUGGACAAUGCAAGCAUUAAUAGAGGCGCAGACUUGCCACCGCUUAGUCCAUAG